UUUAAAGGCACAGGCACUUUUUUUCAUCCUGUGACAGAAGGCGGCGCAAUUGGUGCUUGUGGCCCAAAAGCCAGUGAUCACAGCCGUAUUUGCGCCAUGAACAUCAAGCAGUAUGGAAAAGCAUCCAAGAAAAGCCCUUGGUGCUUCAUUCAAUUACGAGUCAAAUAUGGAGGCAAAAGCACUACUUGUACGGUGACAGAUUGCUGCCCUGGGUGUAAAGAAGGUUCUUUGGAUAUGACGCCACAAGUAUUUAAAGACCUGGCUCAUCCAGAUCUUGGUGUUAUUCCAAUCGAAUGGUGUAUAUUA